AUGCAGGUGCGUACCCACCUCACUCAGGCGAUCCUGCAGGGCUUGCAUGCCAAAAAGAGCCAUGGUCCGGGUGGUGAUGCCGUGAGGCCAACAGGAAGGAAGGCUCAGUCGAGUGUCGCGGUAGCCAGCCGUACGGUGGCGCUGCACUGCCGCCAAUUGCAAGGACAGCCGACACCAGUGACUAACUUGAUAUGGUCACUCGUUUCACGUGCUGUGCUUUCGUUCAACGUUGACGUUGCACAUCUCUCUCUCUCUCUCUCUCUCUCUCUCUCUCUCUCUCUCUCUCUCUCUCUCUCUCUCUCUCUCUCUCUCUCUCUCUCUCUCUCUCUCUCUCUCUCUCUCUCGUUUUGCGAUUUCUCGCGGUUGAAGUAUGGCGAGACCCUCAAGCCCGUCGCACGUGUCAUGCUGCUCGCCACCUUUAUCGAUGAUGGCUUUCGCAUGCUGCUCCAGUUUAACGACCAAGCAACCUACGUGCGCAACUCCUGGAAUUGUGGUGGCUUUAUCGCAUAUUCGCUCAUCAUCAUCAACCUUGUUCUCCAGUUGGGUCCUGCGGCCAUGAUCCUGAUGCGUCAGAAAGUCAACAUUGCCGUCGGUUGCCUCUUUGGAGUCGUGAUUCUGCAGAUGAUCAUGUACCAGGUUUUGUGGGAUUUCCGGUUCCUGGUCCGGAGCGUGUCCGUGACGGGUGGUCUUCUUUUUCUUUUGGCCGAGGGCAGCUCCGAGGCCAAGCGUGUCUUCGCCCUUUUGCCCGGCAUGGAAACCAAGGAGGAACGUCAGAGUAACGUCUUGCAGCUCGCGGGUCGUGUCUUGAUUGGCAUGAUGUUUGUGCCCCUGAUCAAAUUUGACUCAUGGCUGCGUAUCUUCCUUGAGCUCAUCGCCGUUGCCCUGCUGAUCAUGGUGUACAUUGGGUUUGAAACCAAGUUGGCUGCCACCGCCCUGGUCUUCCUGUUGGCUGUUGAAAACAUGAUCCUGAAUAAUUUCUGGAGCUAUCGCGUAGGCAGCCACACUUUUGAUUUCAAGAUUUACGAUUUCUUUCAGACAGUGUCCGUCAUGGGUGGCUUGCUCAUGAUCACCAUCUUGGGCCCAGGAGGGUUCAGUCUUGAUCAGCGGAAAAAGUCCAUGUAAAGCCACCCAUCUUUUCUUUCUUUUUUUUUUUCCUACCCCCUCCCCUUCCUUGUUUCUUAUCCUUACCGACUGCCACGCACACGCGCGUGUCCAAACACCACACUGAUUGCUUUCGAUUACGAGCAUGGUGAAAUU